CCAAUUUCCACACUAUAAUCGCAGCCUCAUUUCUCACCAACAUCCACCCACCAGCAGUCGCACAAAUCCUCAGAAUCCCCCGUCAAGAUCCCUCUCACAUCCUCUCGCGCUUAGUUCAAGUCCUCUCUACCCUCAUCCGCCAACAUGACUCGCGGCAAUCAACGAGACAAGGCCCGCGAAAAGAAUCUCAAAGAACAAGCUGGCCAAAAGAAAAAGAACACCCAGUCUGGCACGGAAUUUGCCAGAACCAAAGAAGACCAAGCUGCUAUCAUGAGAGCCAAACAAGCAAAAGCGGAGGCUGCGAAGGCUGGCGGUCAGGUUGCAGAUCAGAAAAAGAAAUAACAUGGCGCGGGGCGUUGACAGAAGAGGAUUUGUUCAGAACUCUCGAGUCUUUCGAUCCUCCUGUUUCUCGUCCUCUCCUCUUAUUCACCGGGUGAUGGAGCUCUGACGAUCAACUUAGCAAGGUGUCCUGAUGGCGUAUAAAUGGCGUGGCGUAUUUAACCAGUGAAUACACUGGGGGCUUGGAUAGGCUUUGCCAGUCGACGGCUGCUACAAGGUCAAGUCACGUAUUCACGAUUAGAUCUCUUUGACUUUUCGAGACUGAAUUCAUAUCUCGUCCCAUGGCUUCCCUGA